AUGGUUACGCCGGUUAGUACCGGGGCGAGGGAGACAGGUGCUGUAUCCGUCUUUACGGAAGUUUGGAGUACGAUCGAUGGGGCUAAGUCUUCAUUAGUCGAGUCUGUGCCAGUAAAUACCAGUCCGCCUUCCACGAUUAUACCGGCCACAACGACUGCAGGUUCAACAGGCAUGAAACCUAUAAAUACAAAUUCAUCGGCAGCAUCUACGAGUACACAAGGUGGGGGUUUAUCUAUGGGAGAAAUAGCAGGGAUAGCAGUCGGUGCUGUAGUAGGGUCGAUUUUGAUCCUUCUAGUAGUAAUCUGUGUGAAGAGUAAAAGAGUACGAAAACAUCUAGGAUUGAAGCAACCGGCACAGGAAAUGUCACAGGGACAUAUGUCUGUAGGAAUAUAUACAGCGGAUGGACUACCGGUGAAAAAUGGGGUGGUGUACGGAGAUGGCAGGGCAGAAACGGAAUAUUCACCUGGUACAAGAGAGGGGGUAUAG